UGGCUGCCUAAAUUUACUAAAGAAGAAGACGACAAGCUGUUAGCUUGUUAUAGUAUCAGGUGAAUAUCUGAGUCUCUGCAGUAAAAAUGUCGUCAGCUCAGUCUCUGAGAGAGUUUAUCAACAAGCGACUAUCUGCUGCUGCUGAAGAAAUAUUCACAGAGUUUAGAAGAAACAUCGUUCAGUUGGAGGAAGAGAUCGAUCGUCAGCGCAGACUGCUGGAUCUCAGCUGGAAACCACAGAUCAAUUUACACAGAAUAGAACUCCCACUGCAUUAUGUCUGGAAAGAUGAAGAGGGUCUGACUGACCAGCAGCUCUGUAACCCGGAGAGGGCCUCCAGUUUGGAGCAGGAAGAACCAGAAGCUUUACAGGAGGGGCCAGAACCUUCACAGAUGAAAGUGCAGCAAGAUGACCCAGAGCCUUUGCAGAUUCUUGAACAACAGGAAUUCAGCAUCAGUCAAAAUAAAGAGCAGCUUGUACUGCAACUGACCUCUUUUGUGACUCCUACUUAUGAGGAUCAAGACCACAAUGAACCAAAACCAAACUGUGACCAACUCCUAUUUUCAAUGUUUCCCGAUGCUGAGAUCCAAGAACAGGAAGGAAGCAGAAAAGAUGCAGAAUCAGGCAGGGAUGAAGAGUUUAAACUAAAUCGGAGAAGUCCACAAACCAAAGAUAACAGAGGCAAUGGAGACGGUUCAAAACUAGAAAUGCACACAAACACUCACACAGCCUGUCCAGAACUCCCACAGCAUCAUGUCUGGAAAAAGGAGGAGAUUCUGACUGACCAGCACCUCAGUAACCAGGAAAUGACCUUCAGUUUGGACCAGGAGGAACCAGAAUAUCCACGGUUGAAAGAGGAACAGCAGGAACUCUGUAUCAGUCGUCAAGAAGAACAGAUCGCUCUGAAGCAGGAAAAUGUUACCUUCAUGGUGAAUUCUGCCUCUGAAGAAACAGACUGCUGUAAAUCAGAAACAAACAGUAACCAACCCAUUUGUCAGAUUUCUCCUGAACCUGAGAACCAAGAUUUAUGUAAGAAUAAAAACUCAGAAAUAGACAGACAUGAAGAAUCAAAGCAAAAUAACAUACGUAAACAAACCGAAGGGCACGGAGAAAGUUUUGACGAUCACAAGAAGCCAUUUUUAUGUAAAAUAUGUGGAAAAUCUUUCCGUCACAAUAGUAUUUUUAUUCAUCACAUGAGAACACACACAGGUGAGAAGCCAUUUCCAUGUGUAACUUGUGGUAAACGUUUCUCUCAGAAGAGUAACUUAACUAAGCACAUGAGAACUCACACAGGUGAGAAGCCAUAUUCAUGUAAAAAAUGUGGUAAAUGUUUCUCUCAGAAGAGUAACUUGACUAAGCACAUGAAAACUCACACAGGGGAGAAGCCUUUUCCAUGUUACAUCUGUGGAAGGAGAUUCAGAAAGUCAUCAGCUUUAGGUCUUCAUAUAAGAAGUCACACUUGAGAGUUUAUUCAUAAUUUUUUGCUACCAAUAUUUUGAUAAUGGUGCAAACUCACACAGGUGAGAAGCCAUAUUCAUGUGAAAAUUGUGGUGAACUUUUCUCUCAGAAUAUUAUCUUGACUCAUCACAUGAGAACUCACACAGGUGAGAAGCCAUUUGCAAUGUGAAACUUGUGGUAAAUGUUUCUCUCAGAGUGAAAACUUGACUAAACACAUGAGAACUCACACAGGGAAGAGGCCUUUUCAUGUUUGAUCUGUGGAAGGAGAUUCAGAAAGUCAUCAGCUUUAGGUCUUCGUAUAAGAAGUCACACUUGAGAGUUUAUUCAUAACAAUGUUUUGCUACCAAUAUUUUGAUAAUGGUGUAGUGGUCAACUCACCAUUUCUAGAGUCCCAGUCACACUCAAGUCCUCAGUGUUUGAGUCCAAGUCACUAGGUCCUACAGGCCAAGACUUGAGUACAACGUCCAAUUUUAACUCACUUUUUAUGUAGAAAAUGAAGAUAUAUUACUAUUGUAGGAAUUAGCAGGUAACCUAUGCUAAUAUUAGCUUGUUAUAUUAGGUCAGAUUACUGGACCAAUAUAACCACAACUUCCGAAAGCAUUUGUAAAUGUACAGGUGACAUGCUGUUUGUUGUUUUUGUGCCAAGGUGGAUAAACGAGGGCCCGGGUGGGAUUGAUCCCUAGAUUCCUGGGUGAGAGUCACUCACUAACCGGUCAGCCAAAGGGACAUCCCCUUGGCCAAGUAGCCAGGGCACGCGUGACUCUCACCCAGGAUUCUGGGAUCGAAUCCCGCCCGGGACCUCGUUUCUCCACCUUGCCACAUUUUCAAAUUGAUGUUAUGUUUUUUUGCCACAUGCAUUAGCUUGGGGACAUUGAGCUGCUUGUUUUCUUGUCGGCUUGCAUAUUAUGUAUCUGAAAUCCACGUACCCUGCAUUUUAUCUUUAUUUAUAACAACAAACUGACAUUAUGAAGGUGAUUGUUUUUCAUUAGUUUUUGAAUCAGAUACAAAAAAAUCUUUAUUUUUUAUUUUUUGUUAAAACUACAAAAUGAAUAAAUAGGUUAUGAUUUAUAACUAUGUAAACAUGUCUUUACUGCUGACUGAAUAUCUGAUCAGCUCCCUGUAUCUUUUGAGUAGAGAAAUAGUCAGCAUGUACAAAGGGUUUUUUAGCCAAGAAAUCUAGACAGACAGUAGCCAAAGUGAAAUGAUUUUGCUCUGCAUGUCGGUCUAGCCAUGCUCAGUUGGAGCGUCAGCAGGCCCGAACAGUCUCAUGCCUUGCCAAUGGCGAUCUUUCGGUCUGGUAGGCGGGGUGACGCAACGCAGCAGAACAACUAACAUACCAAUGGCUUAGGGCUGGGUGCUAUGGCCUAAAAUCAAUAUCACGAUAUAUUGAGGAUUUCACCCUGAUGACGAUAAAUGAACAAGAAAUACAGGAAUGUAAACAUAAGUUGUCCACUAGAUGGGGCUGCCACAUGUAUUACGUUAAAUCACAUAUUUAUCUGACUCAAGGUGGUACAGCUUCUUAAAAGGACAUGAACGUUGCCAACCAACACACAUCUUUUCAUUUAUUAUCAAAUUUAUUGACAUGGGAAACGUUAUCUCAAUAAGAGUCAAAAAUUUUGAUAACAAUAAAUUUUCGAUUUAUUGCCCAGCCCUAGGUUGGCUUGUUUGAAUUGGCUUUGACAUCAACUUUGGACUAUUCAGACCUGUUCUUUUCUUUGAGUCAAGAGCAGAUAGAGGUACUUAAGUCCUUUAUUUAGAAAAAUAUGUAUUUGGACUGACAUCUGUCGCGUUGAGUAUAUCAAGUGGUUAAUUGUCCAAUAGCAGGUGGUGACCACUUGAAAGACAACUUUAGAUUUCCUCCCUUGACUGAGUUAUCUCUAUGGGUUGCGGCUAGACUAUAUAUAUUUUCACAUAAAUAGGAUGGCAUGCCAGGCUAAGAGUUUUAUCCUGGCAAUGGAGAACCACAACAUUAGCCCUGGGACAACAAAAAAAGGUAUUAAUUGUAAUAUCAACAAUUUUGGGAGUUGAUGGUGUGUUUAAAACUUUGAUAACUAGACGUAUCGUGGCAUCUAAAGCCGGGCGUACACUGUGCGACUUUUUCACUUUUUUGAGCCGAUUUUCUACUCGUGCGAGAAUCCACAAGAUAGGGGCGAGUUUUGCGCUGAGCGUCGUGUAGUAUACAGGGGGUUACGAGAGGCAGUUAACACCACGUGACCAGCUACCAAUCAGCAGUCGUGAGCUUGCACGGACUUCUGGCGUGUUUGAUAUUUUGCUCGUUCCUCGUGAGGGUAUCGCACUGUUGAAGCGGUGCUGCGAGCAGCUGCGACCUAAGAAGUAUCAGAACCGCUCACGGCGCAUGCGCAAUCAUGCAUCAACACCGCUUGCCCGCUAUUUCCCUAAUAACACACGUUGUUCGUUUUUAUUUCUACACGUUUUUUUACUCACAAAGAUUGUCAAGAAAGCGUGUUUGUCGUGUUCUUGUCAAAUUAAACUGAUCACAAAACACAGAUUUACUUUCUUUAUUUCAUUUUCCUCAUCCAACCCCCAUAAAUUCCUGUGUGUCCUCCUGCUGCACUCCCGAAGGACAACAGGCAAGUCAAAAAAGUCUGACGUGUUGUGCAAAAACUGCUAUUUUUAGCAUAUUUUUAGGUCCGAUGUGUUGCUGCCAGACGUACAGUGUGAGCAGUCAGGUCGCAUCCAAGAACUGGGUCGUACAGUGUGAGCACAUGACUCUUGAGAUCUGCCCUGUGAGGAAGUCGUACAGUUUGAGCUGAUGCUGAGUGCUACAAGUGAAAAAGUCGCAUAGUGUCCGCCCAGCUUAAGGGAGAGCCCAGACGCCCUGCAGAGAAAACUAAUUUCGGCCGCUUGUAUCCACAGUCUUAUUCGAUUGGUCACUACCCAAAGCAUGUGACCAAAGAUGAUGAUUGGAAUGUACCAGUAAAUUGAGAGCUUUGCCUUCCGGUUCAGCUCUCUUCACCAUGACAAAUCAGUACAACGCCUUAAUCACGGUAGAUGCAGCACCAAUCCGCUUAUCACUUUCUCACUUCGUCUUUCCCUCACACGUGAACAAGACUCCAAGAUACUUAAAGGUGCACUAUGUUAGAAUAUGUUGAAAUUUUUACAGUGACAAAAUCCCAAAAUAGUCUAUUGUUAGUCUUUUUGGAAGGAAGGUUAUACUGAAACAUAUUUCAUAUCCAGCUGGUUGUGAGGAUUGUUAGUUUUUCUCCUUUUAAAACCAUGGAAGGAGGGACGUAACUACUGUUUACCAUCAGUGAGUUUGGCUUAUCGUGUCUCCUGCAAGCUAAUACUGCAGCGUAGAUGAUUGUAAUCUGACGACAGCUGGUAAAAAGCUCCAGAGUUGUUGCAGGAACCAAAUUUUACCACAGGAUGGCAUUUUUACCUAAUUUCUACAUAAUGCACCUUUAAACUCCUACAGUUGAGGCAGUUCCUCCUCCUUGACCUGGUGAAGGCACUCAACCCUUUUUCGAUUCUAGACCAUGGUCUCGGAUUUAGAGUAGCUGAUUCUCAUCCCAACUGCUUCACACUCGGCUGUGAACUGCUCCAGCAAAAGCUGGAGAUCACGUUCGCCUCCGGACCAGAAGUCGACAGAAGUCGAUACCUCCUGUCCUGAAGUCGGUGCCUCCUGUCCUGAAGUCGACGCCUCCUCGUGUCCUGAAGUCAACGCCUCCUCGUG